GGUUUGUGUUUAUUUACUUUUGAAUGAUUUGUAUUUGUGAAUGGUGAAUGAAUAUGUACUUCACAACAAUGAAUGAAUGAAAUAAUGUUGAUUAUUUAACAAACAAAUGAAUGGAUGCAGCUGUACUCUUUAGUGAAUUUUUUGGCGUUCUUGUACCUUUUUACUCAAAAUGGAUAUAAAUUCGGUUGUUGAUCUUUUCCGGCUCGACCUUCUACCUGAAGAUCUUGUUCAUACCCAAUGGAGGGAAGGGUAUUUCAAUGAAGACCUAGAAAUAUCAGCAGAAUUAGAACUUCAUUUGGAUUCAGGAAACACCGCUGAUUUACUACUGUUUUUGUCAAGAGACUUCUUCUUGAGGGUCCAGACCAGCACUCGAUGGCCUGACAUAGUUCAGGCAGGUUUUGAUUUCAAGAAGACUCUCUAUUUGAUUCACUACUUGUUGUGCAAAGGUGUCUCUAGAGUAGAGGAAGAGCAGUGUCGCACUUAUGGUUUACUAGCAUCAAGGGUCUAUUUUUCUUUCUUAGCUAUACCUGAAGGUGGAUCGUUCUUGAUUUACCAGUCCAACCUGUAUCAGAAAUGUCUCAGGCUUCUACAAUGUGGCUCUCUUCUAAAAGUACCUGAAGUUCAGUCACCACUCAAAGGCCGAGGACGUGGUUCACGCCAGAGUUCAGACGAUGUUCAGUCACCUCUUUCACCACGUAACCCGCUACCUACACAUGAAAUGAACAGUUUACGCAGACUGUUGGUUGAUAGUGCACUGGACUUAGUUAAAGUUCUACUGAUCAGUGAAAUAGGUCGUGAAGGAGAUGCAGUACCUCUGACAGUUGAAGCACUUUCAAAUAUUGCUACCCAAGAGACAAUGCGACCAGAUAUGCUUUCCCAUGGAGUGAUUGAGCCUAGUUCCACUUCUCUUGCCAUGAAUGCUUUCUGUGGUCUUCUGACACUGUGCUCUGAAAAGCAUGGGGAAGUUCAAGAAACUGUUCGCUUGAUAAUGAGAUAUACUCUUGAAGCCUUAGUGAUGGGAUUCAGGAAAGAAGCAAAGGCUCUACCCUCCACUCAUUUACAUGCUGUGAGAGAUGUUUUCACUGAUUUUGUCCACCAUGUAUGCUUGACAGCAGGCCAUGCUGCUCAUGAAGGCAUCUUCAUUCUACUCCAGCAUCUUUGUAUGUGUGCACCAGAUCGAGCAGAAUUUCGAACAAAGCUGGUAGAGUCUACUGUAAUCUUAAUUUUAAAGCUACCUCGAUCUUUCCUUUUUAAAGCAUGCAGCAUUAUUGUUAUAAUGUCUUGCCAUGACAAAGCAUCAGUCCGUCUGUUUUCUGUUGAAGUCUUGGGAAGAAUUUUAAGUACUUUCCAAGUAGCAUUUUCCAAUGAUAAACCUGAAGAAAAAGAAUACAAGCUUUAUAAAUUAUUGUUUGCUGCUAUGCUUGCUCGAAUUCAGGAUUUGUCUGCUUUGGUGCGAUCCAGAGCAAUGUCUCGCCUUGUUUCCUACCUUAAAGAAUCUUCUGGUAAUGAAGGUUGUAAGUAUUUGGUUUCUGAACUAUUUGUGGAACCGUAUGUGGACAAGAGUGUGCAAGAAGCUGCUAAACAGAAGUUCAAGAAUUUUAAUGAUAUAGCAAAGGCUCUACAAAGUGGGGAAACUUUAACAGAUGUUUAUAUACCAUGUGCUCAGUCAAUCAUGCAUGAAUUGUCUGAGUUUUGUGAUGACCACAAAGUAAUGGUGAGAAAGGCUGCACUGCAAUUUGUCCUUCAGAUUCUGUACCUUAAUGUAAAAUUCAUGGACACACGACUACUUGCUGAAAUUGGUGCUCACUGCAGAGAUGAGGCUGUUCUGGUUAGAAAAAUGAUGGUACAAGAAUUUACAGACUUACUCUUAAUGUAUCCAUCUCACCAUCAGUUGUUAAGACAAUGGACACUCGAUAUUGUACCUUCUAUAUUUGACACUGAAGUUACAGUUGUAGAAAAGGUCUUGGAGAGUUUUGAAAGAGCAAUUUUGGACAAUAUGGUUAAAGAAAGUCAGAUUCAACAUUUUAGGCAUCAACUACCUUGGAUUAUAAUGAAUCAAAUAUCACACUUGCAACUUCGCAAGGCAUUUCUAAAAGCCUGCAGUAUGUGGAAAGAAGAAAAAUUAAGGUCUCGUAUGAUCAUUCUUACUUUAAAAUCACAUAUUGGAAUGGGGAAACCACACAAUGAAUCAGCAUGGGUAACUCUCAUGUGUCUUGCAGAAUUCAUGUCAAUAAAGGACCCAGGAUUUGUCCUGGAAUUUUACCAUGAUGAGAUUUAUGGUGUUCCCAAUGUGAGCACCUACAUCAGCCAGCUGGUCAUGGAAGUUUUGUGGUUGACAUGGAGGCAGUUGCCUUCCAAUGAUAAAAGCAGCUUGGCUUACGAACUAAACACUGACCUACUUUUAUUCAAAGUACCUGUGCCUCUGAUAUCAAGAGCUGUAGAUAUACGCUAUGGUUUGCAUGUGUCAGGAAAGGAAGGGAGUGAUGUCGAGAAUCCACCAGAUUGGGCUGUUGAUCUGAUCAAGAAAUGUGAGGAAAGUAUUUUUGAGACCCUGAUUUUAAAUUCAGAGCAGAUACAGGAUGAAGAAGCUAUGAAACGCUUUGUUAUUACUCUGGGCAAUGUGUGUCUGUACUACCCAAGGUUAGUUGGGAGCCGCACAACAAACCAGCUCCUGCAUAUGCUUUCCACUCCGCAAGAAGAAGUGGGUGACUUUUGGCAAGGCUCCUGUGGUGUGGAAUUGAAGGCUGGCUUGGUUGUGACACUGGGAAAAAUAGGUCUUCAAAAUGAGUCAUUUGCCAAAAAGUUAAUUGACAUCCUAUCUAACAUUCUCUCAUUGACAAAAGAAUCUGCAUUAAAGAAUAAUAUUAUCAUAUGCCUGGCUGAUUUAUGUAUAAGACACACCUCACUUGGUGAUGAACUUUUACCUGAUAUGUGUGUUUGCCUGAAAGACACUUUACAACCUGUGAGACAAAAUACCCUCAAACUUUUGAUCCAGCUUGUUCAGGAAGACUACAUCAAAAUGCGAGAUAAUCUCACAUUUCAUUUUCUAAGCAUGCUGAAUGAUGAGGACUACACUAUUGUUACUAUGACUCGUGUUUUCUUUGUUGAUACUGUCCUUCGAAAGAAAGGCAACUGUUUCACUACUUCUUUUAUUGCUUCCAUACUUCAUUUUAAUGGAUAUGAGUACCGUUCCACAAAAGUUUCCCUAACACAGCGAGAGAAAGAAGUAUUUGAUGUAAGUGGCCCUGUUAACCAGGAAAAACGCAGAAAUAUUUACCGUUUUAUGCUUUCUCACUCUAGUGAUGAGGAUCGCUUCACCAUUUCAGGACAUCUGAUCAUAGAAAUAUGUAAUGGAGUUUUGGAUGGAAAAAUCAAGUUAGAUGAAAGUGGUCAAGAUGUCCUACGAGACUGUCUGUAUGUUAUGGACUGUGAUGAAAUUCACAUCACGGAUAAUAAAGAUACGGAAGAUGAUGAUGAUGCCCCAGCUGAUGAAGAGGAUGCUUGUGAAUUAGUUCUGAAUUUUGCUCACAAGAAAUUGUUUUCUGAACUAGUAAAAAAACGCCUCAUAGAAACAGACAUACCAAUUCUGUCCAAGCUGAAAAGAAAGUUAGUGUCAAUGCAUUUACCAUUAGCAACUGAUGUUACAAGAGUGUUGAAAACAAUGGUUAAAGAUUACAAAAUUGAUCCUGCUGAUUUGAAGGAUCCUCAACUUAUUAGGGAACUAAAUAGGAAAAGUAGUAGUUCAAACUCAUCAGAUGUGUCAUCAGAUGAAGAUACUAAUUAAAACAAUUCAAUAGGUUUUAAAUAGUUUUUUCUAUGUCAGAAACUGUGAUUCACUUUGUCUGCACCAAAGAUAUUGUGUGUUCAUUCAUUUACAUAUGUUAAUGUGUUUCCUUACUUACUCAAGUUGUUCUUUUAGUUUUUAAAUUAUUUUUUCAAAUUGAGCAAUUAGAUUGAAAACGAUACCUCUCAUUUAAGUGAUUAGUUGUGAAAUAGACGUAAUCACAUCCUU